AUGGACUUUGUGGUGGUAAAAUCAUCCAAGCAUAGCACGUCCCAGGUUACCUCCUAUAGAGUAGAGACCGGAGUCAUCUCCAACGCUGGUGUGACUUAUCGUUUUAACCGAAACUCGUCGGACGAUGACACCUUUACCGUUGAGUUUACGCUGCAGAUGGCUGACUGCGUGGUAGCCUUUGACCAGUCGCAACAUACGGUCAGCUUCGGUCUGGACAUCGCCAGCAGCAUUCUCAUCCUGAACGUCCUGGUGACGGCGACCAGGACGCAGAAAGAGGAGGUCAGCUUCAACGUUUCCUCGUCGGUGGAUUUGAUCAAUUCCACAUCAAGCAAGGUAGAAAUCGACACCAUCUUACGAUUGUCGAGCCUGUCCACCGCUGAAGGUCAGAAUUCUAUCCUGAAUAUAUUUGUGCCCAUCUUCGCUGCCUAUGUGUCGACAGUGGUCACUAGUCCAUACAAGAUCAUUACCAGUGAGGUGAACAUCAAUAAUGUAGUAACACUGAGUUUUGGUCCAAUAUUCUUCACUGAUGAAAUACACUUGACAACAAUCCUGGCCUCAAACACAUCUCAUCCAGUGCCUGCUGAAGUGACCGGACUGGACACUGUGUUUACCAUGCAGCCAAUCGCCGACACUCAUACAACAACUGAUUUAGCAGGGGAGAUCACCUACCUGAAUUUUAGUGUGACAACCACACCACAGGGAAGCUCUGGGUGUGCAUUGGAAGCUCUGGGCAUGGAGUCUGGCGCCAUCAAGGACUGUCAAAUCUCAUCUUCUCCAGACUCCAUAAGCGGCAACGAAGCAACAGAGGGCAGAUAUAAUAAAGGCAAAGGCUGGUCGCCAUUUGUCCACACGGGAAAAGUCAAAGAAGAGCGAUACUUGCAGGUGUACUUUGGCAAACAGAUGCUGGUCACGAAGAUAAAGAUACAACAGCAAGGUCCAGCCUGGGCAAAAGAACUGGCUCUGAAGUACAGCAAUGAUGGGCUGUCUUGGAUUCCCAAUAACCAUACGGUGAAACAAGAGAAGGACGUGUUCAUUCCUCAAGCCUCGAGAUAUCUCCGUGUGAUGGUUUCUGCUCUUGAUCAGGAGAAUCUGAAAUCGAAUUUCAGAUUUGAGUUCAUGGGCUGUGAGACCAGCACCGAGGCAGUAACAGAGCUGGACAGUCGUGUGGGCAGUAUCCUGGGAUACAACUCCGAAGACAGCAGACUGUAUGCGGUGUCAGCCGGCGCUGACAGUUACAUGAGCUCACUAGACGGCAUCGAGUGGUUCUCGGUCACUCUCGAGGACCCGAACAAGGCAAAAACUCUGGCCACUUAUAAACCAGCCCUAACGGUUCCAGUGGAUGGAGAUCCCAAAUUAAACUCGGCCACUCCAGAUUCAAAGUUCACAGACUCUGGUUAUGGAGCCACCAUUGAUGGAGUGAUGAAGAGCGGCGCAAUAAUAUUUCAUUGGAGUGACUGCUGUCCAUAA